UGAGCCACGCCCUUUAGCUUUGUACUCAAAAUGGCAGAGGCUGUAGAUGAAGAACCACUUUUUGCUGAUGAUUUAGACGAAUACGAAGAAGAAGAUGAAGAAGAUCCACCUCCUCUUCCUCCUCCAGUACUGGGAGUACAAUCAACCACACAACUAUCAACAAACAGUAGAAAUACAGGGGUAGAUACCACACCCCAAAGAAGCAACAGUACCAGUGGAGGAACAGGAGAUGCUGAUUCUAGUAAUCCUCAAAGGAAGAAGACUGUUAGGAGGCCAGUACUGACCCUUAAAGUUGAUCGAUUGUUUAAUGAUAAUGGACUACCAUACGUUGUUAGAGAAUUUCCAAAAUUAAAGUUCAAAGGGAAAGGCCAUGAGGCAUCAGAUUUAAAGUAUUUACUGAAACAAUAUGAGCUUUGGGCCAAUAGAGUUUAUCCAAAAUACACUUUUAAAGAUUUUGUUAAACGCGUUGAAGGUCUGGGCAGAACUUCUAAAGAAUUUAAAUCUCAGUUUAGAAAUAUGAGGUACAGAUCAGCUGGUAUUCCUGUCCCUGGCGAAGGAAUAGUAGAGGAAGAAGAAGAUGAGGAGAGAGGGGAAGGAAUGGAAGAUGAUAAUGAUGAAAACAAUGAGACUAAUUUUAACACUCUCUUAUCACAAAAUAACUCUAAUGUGCAACAAGGAGCUUCUUCACAACAAUCAACUGAUGGAGUAGCUACCAGUAAUGAUAGAACUGAACCAGCUGGGGACAAUAAUUCAGAACCGCCUGAUCUGUGGGAUAUUGUUGAAGAUGAUCCUCCUCCUCUUCCUUCCUCUGUUGUUGAUGAUAAUCCUUAUGAUGACAUUGAUGACCUUUUAGAUUGAAUAAAAAUUUAUGUCAAAAAA